AUGCCGUCAGCAUUGAAAAUCCAUAAAAUGUCAUUUCGAGGUUAUACGAUCGGACUUGUAUCUCAUGUAUAUGUAGUUAGUCUAUAUACAUGUUUAGUAAGUGUUGCGAUGCGAGCGUACGCAUUGUAUAUAUCCUAUGUGUGUUAAUGAUCCCAUAUAUCAGAUAUAGUGGAAGAUAUAAUUCGGUAAUUCUGGAACGGCAUCUUUUAACAAGUAUAUAGUACGACAUUGUAUCAAUAUGAGAGAACGAUGAGGAGGUAAUUUUUAAAUAAUUGUUCUCUAAAUUUAAUGCGAAGUGAAUUAAAAAACGACGCUUUAUUUCUAAAUCGUAAAACGACUUGUUUUGUUAGUUUUUUUUUUGUAUCAUCGUGGCAUUGCAUUCAAAUGUUCAAUUAAAAGUUAUCCUUAUAUUGUUCUUUAAUAGUGUUUGAUAGCCGUAGUGUAGAAUGUCAAAAGCUGCGAGUGCAGCAAAUUAAGUCUAUCGAUCAAAAAUUAAGGUCAAUUAAAUACAAUGUACUGCGAACAUGGAAGCUGUACAGAAUAAUUGUAGAUAUAGAAUUAUAAUUGUAGAUAUCGAAUAAGAAGAUUGCGUAACAAUAAUCUCAGUCUUAUUGGAUAUAAAAUGUAUAUAAAAAUUUAUCUUCAACUGAUGAUAAUUCAAAGGUUUCCUUGGACACUGAGUCGAAAACUUGAAUUCACAGUUUAUUGAAUUUUGUGAACAAAUAUACCAAGCUUCGCAACUUUUCAACGAAAAUAUGUUGAAAUUUUUGUAUUGCAUUAUACAUAUAAACCAAUAAUCACGAAACUGACAAUGACGUUGUUUUAUAUCUUCCGAAAUGAUCGGAAUUUAUCUAGUUAAUAGUUACUGUUAAAAGUAAUUCCUCUAUCUAAAUAAUAUAAAACGUUCUCGAUAUGACUCUCAAUUGACUAAUAAUGAGUAUCUACCGUGGACGAUUCUCAUAAUAAUAAUUAUCACAUAAUUCUCUCUUGCUUUUUAGAUUAUGAUCUGAAAAGUAAUGACAAAUAUAAGAGUAUUAUAAAUAAUGUAAGUAAAUAAUAUAUAUAAUACAUAUAAAUAAUAUAAAAUUGUAAUAAAUAGAAUAUUAUUUAAAUUUUUUUAAAUAUAUUUAUAUUUAAUUCUCGGGAUACGUACAGUGUUUUCAUUUGCAAUAUUGAAAUUAAUUUUAAAUAUAAACGUUGAAGUGGAUAAAAUUGUAUAAUUAUAUAAGUUACUAAACACUGUGCUGUUACAGAAAUCUAAAAUAAAAUAAAUUACUUCGAUCGUGGAAGCUUCAGAAUUUUACAAUUAUACUAGUAGUAAAUAAUUAAUUAAAUAAGAAUUAAUUAAUUAAUCCGAUAAAUAGAUAACUAAAUUUUAGAUAACUAAAUUUUAGAUUUAUGCUAUGUUACACAUAUAAUUGUGUCACUGCAUUACUAUGUAUUAUCAAGUUACAUACUCUCGUUUUGAAACUUUGCAAAUUUUUAACGUGGAUUACCACGGAUAGGUACCAACUUACGUAAACUAAAUCAUUUGACAAUCGCUAUAUAUGUAAAUAUAAUCCGAUAUAUCACUGUAAAUCAAUCUAGUUUUGAAUUCACAAAAAACAUUAAUUAAUAAAAUAUUUAAUAAUUAUCAUAUUAAUAUAAUUUUAUAAAAUUAAAAAUUGUAGCACUUAAAAACUCUUAUAAAAAUUUUUUUCCAAAGUAUUUCAAAUUUCACAUUACAUUAAUUUCUAAAGCUAAUGCUAUUAGAUAUUAUAGAACCAAAAAUGUAUUUCAGUAAAAAAUAAUUUUAUUUCUUUAAAUUAAAAGAUAUUUUUAAUAUUUAAAAUUACCACUUUAUGAAAUAUAUAAAAUACAUAGCUUUAAUAACAAAAAAUAUUUACUAAAAUUGGAGAUUUAAUUUGAACAUCAUUUUCUAUAUUUUUUACAAAUCCUAAGAAAAAAGAAUAUUUAAUAUUUUGGUUUAUAAUUUAAACUUAAACAACAUUAUUUCUAAUUUAAUAAAUUACAUAUAGUAAAUUUUAAUUAAUUCUAUCUAAAAAAUUUUACCCAAAAUUAAUUUUAUCUAAUUUUUUAAUAUGUAUUCUGUCGAAAGUAAUAGAUAUAUUGCAUUAUAAUUCGAAAUUUAGUUUCAAUUACACACGAAUAAGAAAUAACUAUUAUUUCACGAGAUAAUUUAUUAUAAAUAUUUUAUUAUUGGUUACAUAAGAAAUGUUCUGAAAUUUUCAUUCAUAUUAAGUUGAUAGCAUUGUAUUGUCUAUUGGCCAAUCAGCGGUAUUCUUGACACGCCCCUUGAAUAUUCGUUUUCGGUGACUGAAUGCGGGUCAGAGAAUAAACAGUUCCAAUAAAUUUUUCAUUGGUUUUGUAAUUUUUAUUAAUUGAUGGUCUGAUUGACAUUCACCAAAUUCUUCAAUCAUUUAAAAUGGUGAGUUUAAUGUUUUUAAUCUACUAUUGUAAUAUUAUAUUUCUUCGUUAACGACGUUAACUAAAACCAAUAUUAACACUUACUGAAUGACGUUCAAUAUAAUAAAGUCCAAUUUUGUAAAAUUUGUAUAAUCUUUUAUUUGAAGUAAAAUUUUGAAAAAUAUUUAUUAUAUAGAAUACCUUUAUAGUACUAAUAUCUUAAGAAAAAUUUUUAUGUAACCUAAAAUAUAGCAAACGUCAAAAUGGCGCUAUCCAGUAACAUGAGAAUUUUAAUUCUUCAGUUAUUUAAAGAAUUGGUUACUCGGUUAUUUGAAUAAAUUUAUAUAUUUCUUGUGAACUGAAUAAGUUUUGUUAACAUACAUGAAUCUUAUUUACAGAUCAUAUUAAGAUUAAUAAAUAUUUUUUAACAUUUCUUUCUUGUCUUUUUGUUGAAAUUAGUGAAAGUUAAUUAUUUAUAUUGAAUUUUAUGUAAUUUUUGGACUGUUAUAUUGUACCUGAUUAAAAAUAUGAAAUUUGAGAUCUAAAAUGAAAUUAAUAUGUAUUAAAUUUUUGUCAGUUUUGUUAUAAACAUAUAAAAUUCUAUUUACUAAGAUAAUUAAAGUUACAAAAAAAUAAUUCAGCUAAUUGCAAAAUUAAAAAUUAAAUUUAAUUUUAAUUUCAAAGACGGAACAGCAAAUGGAUUGUGCAUUAGAUUUAAUGAGAAGAUUACCACCUCAGCAAAUUGAAAAAAAUUUAAGUGAUUUAAUAGAUCUUGUGCCAUCUCUUUGUGAAGAUCUUUUAUCCUCUGUCGAUCAGCCCUUAAAAAUUGCAAAAGAUAAAGAAUCUGGAAAGGACUAUUUACUUUGUGACUACAACAGAGAUGGCGAUUCCUAUAGAUCUCCGUGGAGUAAUACAUAUGAUCCACCAUUAGAAGAUGGCUCUAUGCCUUCUGAAAGACUUAGAAAAUUAGAGAUAGAUGCAAAUCAUGCAUUUGAUCAAUACAGAGAACUCUACUUUGAAGGUGGAGUUUCUUCUGUCUAUUUAUGGGAUUUGGAUCAUGGUUUUGCAGCCGUAAUAUUGAUUAAAAAAGCAGGUGAUGGUUCAAAAAAAAUUAAAGGUUGCUGGGAUUCAAUUCAUGUCGUAGAAGUUCAAGAAAAAUCUAAUGGAAGAAUUGCACAUUAUAAAUUAACUUCUACUGCAAUGCUUUGGUUACAAACUAAUAAACAUGGCUCUGGAACAAUGAAUCUUGGUGGAAGCCUUACAAGACAGGUUGAACAAGAUGCCCAAAUAAGUGAGAGUUCUCCACAUAUUGCCAAUAUUGGUCGCAUGGUUGAAGACAUGGAAAAUAAAAUUCGAAAUACUUUAAAUGAAAUUUACUUUGGGAAAACAAAAGAUAUUGUAAAUGGUUUAAGGUCUGUUCAAUCUUUAGCUGAUCAAAGACAACAAGCUGCCCUCAGACAAGAUCUCGCGGCCGCGUUGCAAAGGAGAAAUGCCAAUAAUUGAUCUUGUGAGGAAGAUCAGCUUUCCUCCGAUUUUGAGGAAUGUCAUUAAAAAAGAAAGAAAUAAAAGAGAAAUCAUAAAUGAUGAAAUUAAGAUUCAAAUUGUUACAGUUACUGUGACGUGAAUUUUGGACAGUUUCCUGUGAUAUACAGGGUGCAACGGUAAAGAUAAUUUUUUCCUGAAAUAUUAAAGAAUUAAAGAAAAUAAAUAAUUGAAUAUUAAUUAUUAAUUAUGUCGAGAUUUUGAAUAAAAUAUUAAGAGACAUUACGAGUGCUGAGUAUAUAUAUAUAUA